UCGUUACUCUACAGUGUGUCACUACCGGCGAAAUUUAGCCUCAAACUCAAGAGUCCGAUUGCUCUGUCUUUGGAAAAAUGCCGGGAGAUUGAGCAUCUGACCAACAUUGCAUUUUUCGACGAGUCCGAAGCCUUGCCACUCAUGCAAUUGAUCACGCAGAACAAGACCGACCAGCUCCUGGACACAGCCAAUAACCGAGGCCUCUUUGUGACUUUGCCGGAUCAACAACAUUGUUACUUCCUUUCGGAUCCGCCCGAUUUUCAAGGGGUCAUGGUUUCCACGAUUCCGUUCACUCAUCCCAACUCGGUUCCUUCGAUCAUCGGACAUUUAAGGCAACAAGCUCUCUUCAAUACCCUCAUCGAAUCAUGUGCUCGUGUCAAUAGUAUCCAAGAUCUGGAGAAGUCAGUCAUGUUUGAGGUGUCGUGCACGGAUUUGACCCAUAUCGCCAUCACCUUUGAGCAUCCCAGUGACGAGAGCAUGGCCACCGUGGAACUCGAUCUGACUCACGUCAACCAGAUCGCUUGCCAAGUGUACACAUCAUCCGCUGUGCCCGUCUGUCCGGAAGACUUGGCCAACAAGGUGAUCCAAAAAUGUAUGUCCAUUCCGAUCACAAUGCGCUCGUUGAUUCGUUAUGGUCAAUCCAAAUUGAAGCCCGUGGGUCAAGAGCCGGACACGGAGAUGUCUCUGGCCAAUAACAGCUUCUUCAAUGGCGGCAACGCCGAGGGUCAGUACUCCCAUGGGAACGGCGGAAGUGCCCCCAAUUCUGGCAUCGACUCCAAAUAUGGACGGGAAGGCCACUUAGGGGUUCCCGGGAGUGCCCAACCUGGACACGAGGAGUCCAUGGAAACGGAUCGUGGUGGAGGUGCCAACAACAGCACUGGUUUUGGUGAUUACAUCAAGGACGAGCCCAUGGAUUACGAGCAUGACUCGGGCACCUUCAAAUCUGGCGCGGGUUCUUUAAACGAGUAUGGGCCUCAGGAUGCGACGUUCAAUCCUGAGGCCUCCAGCUCCUCCCAACCGAAGUCGUCGUCAUCCUCAUCAACACCAACAACAGCACCAACAACAACCACAAGCAGUGCCCUCAAGCACAAAGUCCCGUCCACGAGCUCCGGGUCUUCGUCCAGUAAUAUGAGUCUCAAGCUCAAAACUGAACUUGGGUCCACCGCCAAAACCGAAUCCGGAUCCGGUCACGAAUCGAUGUUGCUUCCGCCCAAAAUGGAACACAUCAAGCCGGAAUUCUCGUUAACCAAGGCCUCGCCAUCCAGUUCGAAUGACUUCAAGGGCAAAGCUGAGCGACGGGAAAGCUCCAUCCCCGAUAUCAAGCCCUUGGUAUCGAUUACUCCCGUGUCUUCAUCCACGUGCUCCUUAUCCAUGUCCAAGAAGUCAGCCGGAGGCAUAGAAAUCAUCCCUUUAGGAGGCUCCAAUGAGAAAGACAAAAGCCGGGAACUGAUCCGGCGAAGUCUCUCUGAGGACGAUAAACGGCGUUUGGAGAAGAAAUCUAUGUCCUCGAAGAAGCGGAAGCACUUAUCCUCGUCCCGAGUCUCCACCGGGGAUGGCUUAUCAUCAAGCAAAAAGAAGCUUUUGGACGGAAAAGGCAAGGGUAAACUGGACACUGUGAUCAAUCGGCUCCAGAACCCUGGACCGGAAUCCUCGAUAGAAUUGUUCCCCAAGGGCAAAGAGCCUACUAAAGUGGCUCCCAAGAGCUCGUCAUCAUUGAAAUUAACCAUUAAAGCCCCCAACAAGUUCCCCUCGCCCUCGGGGAAGGACCCCAAACCCAAGUCCUCGUCCUCAUCGCCCAGUUCCAAGGAGAAAUCCUCCAGUAAACACUCGUCCUCCUCAUCCAAAAGCUCGUCCCAUCGAUCCCACGGAUCAUCAUCGUCAUCCCAAGGAAGUUCCUCAAAGUCCUCGAAAUCCACCUACAAGGAUCGGAAACGGAGCUCCCAUGGGUCGUCCUCGUCUUCUCGGAGUUCCUCCACAGAUCGAGAUCGGGAUCGGCAUCAAAGGGAACGUGAAGAGGUCAAGAAGCUAUUGGAUGGCGGGAAACUGAACAAGACCUUCCAGAUUCCGAAAUUGUCUAAGAGCUCCUCGCCCUCCACGGCCAAGAAUCCAACAACCCCCCAAAUAUAUUGGAGGUGGGAGUGUCACACCGCCCAACAUCAGCCCCAAACACCCAUAUUCAGCGCCAUCGAGUGUGCCGCCCCUUCCCACCACCUCGCCCAAUACGACGCCAAAGGCGAGCUCCAGGCCGUCACGUCACGUCGCCCACCUAUGGAGUGGGAGGCCAGCCACGGCACGCCUCAAUGUGCCGCACACGUUCCUGAUCCGGACAAAUCAUCAGGUUUGGAGGGGAGUGGCAAUGCGGAGUCCUUGUCGAGUAUGAGUGGACCCGCUAAAACCGCCCAAGGAGAUGGAGGAGAUUUUGUGAUGACAGUACGGCUCGUUUCUACUGGAAAAUGA